ACCUUUGGUCGCUCAGAGCUGCUUGAUUGAAGUGAUCCGUCUCUACUAAGAAGUACUCCGCUUUGACUUAAAUCACAUGGUAUGAUGCGUAAAGCUCAUCCGGGUCGGAAGGCGUCAGCAUGGACACGGUUGAUGUUCUUGCAUCUCUGGGGGUAGAGGGAGCAACUAAUGCUGCGCAUGCGCUCUCUCUUCCAGCUGAAGCAUAUGGAAAUGAUGCCCAAUUGGAAGUAAUGUGGGCAAUGAAAGCCUACAAUCAUGCAGAAAUUUACUUUAAUCUAAUUUCCUCGGUUGAUCCAAAACUUCUAAAACUAACAAAAUCAGAUGACCAGAUCUAUACGAAAUUCCGGGAAGCUUUUCCUGACCUUAAUAUUCAAGUUCUGGAUCCAGAGCUGCUGAAAUCUGCAGAGGCUAAAGAGAAAUGGAGGCCCUUUUGUAACCAGUUUGAUGGUGUUGUAGAGGACUUCAACUACGGUACACUAUUACGUAUUGAUUGUCAAAAGGACUACACAGAGGAGAACACAGUAUUUGCUACAAGAAUCCAGUUUUACGCCAUAGAGAUUGCGAGAAACAGGGAAGGCUACAAUGAGGUCGUCUACAAUACCAACUCUAAAGCGAAAGAACAGAAGAAACAUGCAUGUUAAUCAUGUCAACAGAUUUAAGGUGGCCAUCUUCGUGUAGAGGAGCCCUCCCGUAUGCUUAAAUUCAAACAAAUGUCCAGAAAUGGAGCAACAACAGUUAAAUGUCCUGUGUAAAUGUAUGUAAUAAGUUACUUUUCUCAUUUGUACUCAACUAAGUGUUGAACGUUGUGGAUUGUUCAGUUUUGAUUUGUAUUUGUAAUGUAUUUUUUUUUUCCCCUCUCCUUUUCCCUGAAAAUGGCUGUUUAAUCUAAUGUAGUUCCCGAUCAUUACUUCCCUUGCUUAACUUUAAAGUCAACAUGAAAUCAACUGACCCAUUUACUAUAUAUUUUGAUAAACAUUAUUCUUAAGGAAAACAAAUGCUUGUCUUAGUAAUAUUUAAUCUCACAAUGUUACAACUUCCUUGAAAGUCUCAGUUUCAACCCCUCUCAAACCUCAUGCCAUAUAGACACCACUUUUUAUGAUUCAAUUGUUUCCUUAAGGAUACAAUGAGUUAAAUCCUACCUUUUUUCUCAUUGAAAAUCCAAUUUUACUUUGUAAUAAAAUGGGUUGUGAACGCCGUUUCGU